AUGGCAGUAUUACGGAGUAAAGAAAAGUCCAAAUAUCUCAAGUUCCCAUUUUCUACAUGCAAUUAUACUCAUCUUAAGGAACCCACUAGUUUAGUAAAGCAUGGAAUUAAUCUCACUAUACAAUUGGGUCUUUUGGAUUUUGAAAAUUUCGACCAUAGUGGCGAAAAUAUACAUUUAAAGAAAAUAAAGGCAAAGAAACGCAAUGGCAAAGAGACUGAUUUAGAGGAGGACGAUUUGGGAGAGGAUUUGGAAGAGGACGAGGACGAGGAGGACGAUGUACUCCGAUUUGAUCAUAUACCGCCGAGUCCGAUUUUGAUACCGACAGAUUUGCCCAAAUCCUCAUUUCGGAAAGGAAGUUUUGAUAGAAGGGGAUCUAAUGAUAAUAACCAGGAGAUGUCAUUAAUUUUGUGUCGCAGAAAGAUUGAAAACAUGAUUGGUGAGUAUUUCCCCCCAGAUAUGAUAAAUGAUGGAAAAGUAUAUGUUGAGAUUAAAAACUAUAUCAUCAACUCAAUAAUCCAGAAUGAGGAUGAUAUUGAGCAAUUCUUGAGCCGAGUUGUUAAUCAUCGAUUCAAAAAUGAGCUAGCAGACGUGAUUAAGUCAAUAUUUGUUGAAAAAUUCGAAGAGCUCAAGUUGGAAGAAUUGGUUGAUUUCUUUUACAGCUUUUUUAACCAAAAGUAUCUGAGUCAUAAACUAAAAAGACUUGAGAACCCGUUUUUGUAUGAAACGUACUAUCGGAUUUGGAGGCUACAAGCAAAUAACUAUGUCUACUAUGAAGAAGAAUAUUUCUUUGACUACUUCAACAACGGCGGCAAGUCACUCACAUCGAUUGAACAUGUAUUCCUUCAAAAUGGGUUUCUUGUAAAUUAUGCACGGUUUGUUUCGUAUUUUGCUAAUGAUGCAUCGAGCUAUUGCGAUGAGACAGACGAGGAAUCUGAAGAAUUGGAGGAAUUGGAGGAAGAGGAAUUGGAGGAGAUUAAAACACCAUCUUCCUGUAAUAUUUCUCUGCUGCUUUCGUUAGAGUCAAACUACUUUACCCACUUGUCAAACAACUACUAUCUCGAGUCAAGCAGCCACUAUCCUGAGUCAAGUAGCCACUAUCCUGAGUCAAGCAGCCACUAUCCUGAGUCAAGUAGCCACUAUCCUGAGUCAAGCAGCCACUAUCCUGAGUCAAGUAGCCACUAUCCUGAGUCAAGCAGCCACUAUCCUGAGUCAAGUAGCCACUAUCCUGAGUCAAGCAGCCACUAUCCUGAGUCAAGUAGCCACUAUCCUGAGUCAAGCAGCCACUAUCUCGAGUCAAGUAGCCACUAUCCUGAGUCAAGUAGCCACUAUCCUGAGUCAAGUAGCCACUAUCUCGAGUCAAGCAGCCACUAUCCUGAGUCAAGUAGCCACUAUCUCGAGUCAAGCAGCCACUAUCUUGCCGAUAAAUCGAGCACACUUGUGCUAGAUCCCUUGAUGCACAUUCCAAAAUCUCUACGGUUCAAUGAUAAAAUUGACAUCAUCAAAAUUAACCGAUAUCUACCGGUUGACCAUAUUCUAUAUAAACAAAUUAUAGAUGAAAUAUCGUAA